CAAAGACACAAUAGAAACACUGGGACUACUGUCUAACUUCCAACUAUCAAAACCUCUCUCUAUAAAUGGCAACCAUUCUUCCAUUUGCUUACACCACUCCCCAACUCCGAUCUCACAACCGCUGUGUCAUUUUCCGGCCGAGUCACGGUCGCAAUAUCUUCAAAUUCCGAUGCAAAGGAGAAAACUCAACAAGCAAUUCAAAUUCAACCACCCGUGGAGACACUGAACCUGAAAAUGUACUGCUCAAGAUGGCUUGGUAUAGUUCCGAGCUCCUCGGAAUCGCCGCUUCUUUUCUGCGUUCGCCGUCGAAAGUAGAAGCUCCCGAUAGAGGUUCCGAGCUCGUCGGAGAUGGGUUGGGUGUAGUUGAUCGUGGCAUGGUUGUGGAAACCAUCAAAGAGGACUUUCAAAGAUCGUAUUUCGUCACAGGAAAUCUGACACUUAAUGCAUAUGAAGAGGACUGCGAAUUUGCUGAUCCAGCAGGUUCCUUUAAAGGACUUCGUCGUUUUAAAAGAAACUGUACAAAUUUUGGAUCUCUUCUUGAGAAGUCAAAUAUGAAACUUACAAAGUGGGAAGACUUUGAGGAUAAGGGAAUAGGACAUUGGCGUUUUAGUUGUAUCUUGUUUUUUCCAUGGAAGCCCAUUCUUUCAGCAACUGGAUACACAGAGUAUUAUUUUGAUGCACAAACUGGAAAAGUAACCAGGCAUGUGGAGCACUGGAAUGUUCCUAAAAUGGCCUUACUGAAGCAAAUUAUAAGGCCUAGCAAGGGGUGGUGGCGUAAGAGAACAGGUGGUUGAAGAGUAUGGGGAUGGGGUGAACCGUACGGCUAAAUUCUGGUCUCAUUGAAGGUGAUGAACAGAACUCAAAUUGUAGGUUGAAGGCACAUAACAAUGAGUUGAUUGCUCCCAACUUCUGAUUGAGGGUGAUUUCUGUAUUGUAAUGUAGUUUUCUCGCAACAAAUAUAAAGCUUUGUGAUAUUCUCACUCACCCACAUCUUGCUCUUCCACUUGUAAAUGAUCUUGUUAGCCUGCUUUUCCUUUGAUCUAAACUGCACUGAUGAUAACAUCAUUUAUAAGCAUAAGCAGCAAUAACGUGUAAGGAAGCAAUGUUUGUGUAUAAUUGCAUCACCUGCUAGCUGGAAAUAUAUAUAUAUAUUGUUUGUAUCA